AGAGAAUCCGUUUCUUUUUCAUCCUCACCUUCCUCUCUCUCGAUCCCGUCUUCAUUCUCUUCACUCCACUCCACUCCACUCUACUCUACUCAAUCAUCAAUAACAAUGGCUCUUAGACUUGCCGCUUCUCCCUUGGCUAUGAGCCGCUCCAAUGCUUCCUUCCGCAUGGCUACCGCUCUUCGCUCGUCCACUGCCUUGAACACCCGCGUCUAUUUCCAUGCUUCCCGUAGCAGUGCUUCUACUUCGGGACAGACCUCUGCAGAUGUUACUGAGGUCUACAAAGCUCCCUCAUUCAAGAUCCCUGCCCCUAACCAGGUUCAUGGCUCCUACCAUUGGGACUUUGAGCGUAUCCUGAGUGUCUCGAUGGUUCCUCUCUUCGCUGCCUCUGCCAUCAAUGGUGCUAAUCCCAUCACAGACGGUCUUCUGGGUGUUGUUAUUCCCAUCCACUCGCACAUGGGCUUUGAUGCUAUGAUCACUGAUUAUCUCCACCCUGGUAAGGUCGGUGUCUUCGGUAACAAGGCCAUUAGCUGGACCCUUCGUGGCGCCACUGUCUUGACUCUCAUCGGAUGCUACCAGUUCAACACCUCGGACGUUGGAUUGACUGAAUUGAUCUUCAGGGCCUGGAAGGCAUAAAAAUAAAAAUAUAUAAAAGAAUUGUAAUAUUACGAUAAUAAGAAGAACUUCU